ACAGACUGUGUUACUGUAGCAAGCUCUGGGACAAGUAUCCGAGUGCUCAGCUGGCAUUGCAACUGGUAUACAUGUAGCAACUGGAACAACAAUAAGACAGCUCUGUCUCCCAACCUUCUUCCCCCCCCCCCCCCCCCCCCCCAAACCCACCCUCCUUACAAGAGGGUCAAGAUGUCGGUUGCCGGCUUGAAGAAGCAAUUCCAUAAAGCCAGUCAGUUUGUUAGUGAGAAAAUGGGUGGAGCUGAAGGAACAAAACUAGAUGAGGAUUUUGUAGAAAUGGAACGGAAAAUAGAGGCUACAAGCAAAGCCGUGGCAGAGGUUCUGUCUAAAACUACUGAGUACUUGCAGCCAAAUCCAGCCUACAGAGCCAAGUUAGGUAUGCUGAAUACAAUGUCAAAGAUCCGGGGACAGGUGAAAACAACAGGUUAUCCUCAGCCUGAAGGUCUCUUGGGUGAAUGCAUGCUCCGAAAUGGAAAGGACCUCGGGGAUGACUCUAAUUUCGGUCCUGCAUUAGUUGAUGUCGGUGAAGCACUAAAGCAAAUGGCAGAAGUCAAGGACUCCCUUGACAUUGAUGUAAAACAGAACUUUAUUGAUCCAUUGCAAAUUUUACAAGAAAAGGACUUAAAAGAGAUUGGGCAUCAUUUAAAAAAGUUGGAAGGUCGCCGUUUAGAUUAUGAUUACAAAAAGAAACGCCACGGUAAGAUUCCGGAUGAAGAGAUAAGACAAGCUAUAGAUAAAUUUGAAGAAUCUAAGGAGCUCGCUGAGAUCAGUAUGUUCAACUUUUUGGAAAAUGAUGUAGAGCAAAUAAGCCAACUGUUGGCUCUAGUGGAAGCAGCAUUGAACUAUCACAAAGAAUCUACAACAAUUCUGGAGGAGCUAUAUAACACACUACAGCACAGGAUAAACACAGCCUCUAGCCGGCCGAAGCGUGAAUUUAAGCCCAAACCUGUAGUUGCCGCAUCUUUUGAGCCCAUUGAUAACCAGCAACAAAAUGGUCUUUCAUACGCUUCUUCAUUCAAGUCAUCUGCUUCUUGUACACAAGUGGAUCAACCUUGCUGUAAAGCUCUUUAUGACUUUGAUCCUGAAAACGAAGGGGAGCUUGGUUUCAAGGAAGGUGACAUCAUCACGCUGACAAAUCAGAUCGAUGAGAAUUGGUUUGAAGGCAUGUUAGAUGGUGAAUCUGGCUUCUUUCCUAUUAAUUAUGUUCAAGUGAUUGUGCCUUUGCCACAGUGAAAACUGCCUUUGGUCCAUUUUUGUAAAUUCUCGGAGAUCAACUCUCGUUGAAAGCUGACUAAGCACAGACAUUUCAUCGGUGUGGCAUUCUGUGAAAGCCUUGCUAUUUGAUCAACUUUUGUACCUGUCUUCUAUUUGUGUAUUUAUUUUUUUACAUGUUCCAUUUGUAUUGAGAAUGUUUACGUCAUUUGCUACAAGAGUAAUGCAAAUCUAACCUAUUUCCGCAAUGAAGUUUACAGUUUCUGAGUAUAUGGCUUUAUCUAUUUAACUUUAUUUGUUUGCCCUCAGCAUCCUGUUGCCGAUUACAAUGCAGAAAUUUUCUAUCUAGCUGUAAUGAAGAAUAUUCUUGAUACAGUUUAGUUAUUGUGGUUAUAAUUAACUGUUAACUCCUUUUUUUGUUCCUGACAAAUGUUGUUGAGCCAUUUGAUUUGGCAGUGUAACUUAUUGUUAUGCAAUAAGAUGUCAUAAUAAAUGUGUGAACAAAAAAUCUGUAAUUUAAGUCGCUGUAGCUUUUUGUCAUAUAUGUAUUUGGAUUUUAUAUAUCUUGAUUAUUUUAGGAGUUGAAUGUAUUUUAUUUUCAUCUAAGGGCCACUGACUAUAUUUAAGAUACACAUAAUGCUCUCGGGUUCCAAAACAAAAACAAAAAUUGCUAGAAAAGGUUGGCAUGUCUGGCAACAUCUACAGAGAGAAAUCAGACUGAUUAGUUCUGAGGAAGGGUCACUGGACCCAAAAUGUUAACUCUGAUUUCUCUUUACAGAUGCUGCCAGACCUGUUGAGCUUUUCCAGAAUUUCUGUUUUUGCUUCUGAUUUCCAGCAUUCUCAAUUCUUUUAGGUUUUCCUCUAGGGUUCUGCCCAGUAACAGGAAGAGCUUCAGCAGAUCCUAAUGGUACAAGAUUGUUAAUGUGAGCGGCAUGAUGAUGUUUGUCACUGAAGUAGUGCUGCAGAGGACUUCAAUGUAGAGUUUCAGUUCCCUACGCUGCCCAGUUUCUGAUCUAAACUGCGCUGUGCUGUGGAUGUUGGGUGAAGGCUUUGAUGUUGAAAGGCUGGGGAGAAGAGUGUCGCAAUUGAACAUUGAUGCAAGUCUGGAAGCAAAGCAAAUAUCUGUUCUCUUCCCCCUCCUCCAAAAAGCAGACAUCGGUCCACAAGAGUGAAUAAUUGGAGAUAACUGGCUUGAAAUUAAACUUACCAUUAAAAAUUCUGCAAGACCUAUGUUUCCCAAUCUUUUGUCUAGCUCGAAUUGUUAUUUUUGCUGACACAUUUUUAAACAUUUUUUUUGCCAACAUGUUUUUAAACCAAAGGCCUAUAGUGGUUUAAUGGGGUAGUCUUCUUGCUUCUGAGGCAGAAAGGCAUGGGUUCAAGUGCCACUCAAGAAACUUUAGCAUCAAAUCCUGGCAGUAGUGAGAAAGUGUGGCGUUGCAGGAAAUGCUAUCUCUCAGACGUGGCACAUGGCAAAGAAAAGCUAGGUAACUCCUGCUAAUUUUCUGGCCAGUAUUUACCACUGGGGAGGCAAUGACCUAGUGGUAUUAUCGUUGGACUGCUAAUCCAGAGACCCAGAUAAUGUUCUGGGGAGCCAGGUUCAAAUCCUGCCACAGCAGAUGGUCAAAUUUGCAUUCAAUAAAAUACCUGGAAUUAAGAAUUCAUUGACGAUUGUCGGAAAAAUCCAUUAGGUUCACUCAUAUUCCUUAGGGAAGGAAACUGCCAUCCGUACCUUGUCUGGUCUGCGUGUGACUCCAGACCCACAGCAAUGAGAUGACUCUAAACUGCCCUCUGAGCAGUUAGGGAUGGGCAAUAGAUACUGCCUGGCCAGCGACGCCCUCAUCCCAUAAAUGAAUUUUAAAAAAACUCAGUCAACAUGACCUUAAAGGAAAAACUGUUGAUGUGGUCAUAAUCACAUUUCUGUUUUUGGGAGCUUGCUGCACGUAAAUUGGUUGUGCUUCUUGAAAGACAACAGUGCUUACACUGCAUCGACUGACUGGAGAAUUAGGGUAGCCCACAUUCCUUUCCUUUUUGAUGAUACUGUGAAAGGCAGAUAAACUAACUUCAUACGUAUGGGUAUGUGGUUUCUGAUUGCUGCUGUUUUUUGAACAUUUAAUGCACUGUACCAACAUUGUGUCCACUGUUUUUGCAGGUACUGAUACAGUUGCUUGAAACUAAUCAACUGUUAUAUCAAAAAAUGUGGAGGAAUAUGAUACAGGCAUAAUAACAGUUCCUACAAAAAUGAUACCGUUUGGAAAAUAUGCACAAUCUUUUCUCUUACUCAUUUUAAUAUUGGAUGUUGCAGAAAGGGAUGGUUUGCCUUCCCAGCCCAGUAGGUUUGCCAACUGGGUCAUUACAACAUCUGUUCUGUCGGUCCUUCUCUGUCUUUGAAUGCAAAUUUCUCGAACUCCUUCCCUGAUAGCGUGCUUUCUUUUUAUUCAUUCAUUCAGCAGUGGGCAUUGCAAGCUGGGCUAUUAAUUAUUGCAGUGGUAAUGGGAACUGCAGAUG